GACGAACCCCUUUUUCAGUAUAGCGCUCAGCGGUUCCUGGUGAACUCAUACUGUGGCCUAUAUAAUGCCAACGAGCGUCGUACACGAGACUCUUGGAAAUUAAUUUUUAAAGAUUUUGCGGUAAACAGUUGAGAAUUCGGAGCCAAACAGUUUAGAGUUCGGAAUUCACUACUUAACUCUGAAGCAUAUAGAGAGCUCGUAAAAUCAGUAAGUCACAGCAGUGACCUGCGAAGGGGAGGGAAAAGGAAAAACAUUGAAGGUUAUGUGAUAUGGCAGUUGCACGGACUGGUGUAUACGUCGACGACUAUCUCGAUUAUGUGAGCACUCUGCCGGCAGAAAUACAGAGGCUUCUGUCAACAAUGAGGGAGCUGGACGACCGAUCGAACAUGAUGCUGAAUCAGACUAGAGAGCAGAUAAGGCAAUGUUUAAGUUUGCCUUCUCAGAGCUCGAAUAAAGCCUCGCCUGAGCAGGAGGAAACAAUUGAGAAGCUGAGGAAAGAUAUUGAGGGCAAUCAGGAGAAUAUACUCAACCUCUCUACAGAAAAGGUAUUGCUUGCUAAGCAAGCACAAGAUCUGUUAGAAAACCAUAUGAAAAGACUUGAUGAGGACUUGCUUCAGUUUGCAGAGGACCUAAAGCAAGAAGGGAAAAUAGGCCCUGAUGAGCCUGCAAUUCUUCCACUAAUUAGCUCAAGGGAAGAAAGAAAGAAAAGUUAUUUCUUUACAACGCAAACUAGGAAGCUUGAACUAAAAGCUGAAAGAGACUGGGAAAAGGACCGAGAUAGGGAUUUCGAGCUCAUGCCUCCUCCAGGUAGUCACAGGAGGACCAUUCCUGCUCCUGUUGAUGUAGAUCAGCCCAAUGAUCCCAAUGAACCUACAUAUUGUGUCUGUCAUGAGGUUUCUUUUGGAGAUAUGAUUGCCUGUGAUAAUGAGAACUGUGAAGGUGGAGAAUGGUUUCAUUAUGCAUGUGUUGGUUUAACCUCAGAGACACGCUUUAAGGGGAAGUGGUAUUGUCCAACGUGCAAAAUGCUGCCACGGAAGGGUGUUUCAGACCCUUCUAUAUGAUAGAAAUGGAUAUAAUUUACAUUAAAACUACAGAUGAUUUUAGAACCUCAAAUGGCAGUGAAGUUAUGUACAUAAUAUAUCCUUGUUUUAAGUAAUGCAAGAGUCAAAUUAUUCUA